CCACCGCGGCGCCGGCCGGGCCGCUGGGAAAUGGCGGCCGCCUGCAAGCGCGGGGGAAGCGCGGAGCUGCGCCGCGCCGGGGCCGAGCGGGCGGACGCGGCCCCUGCGCGGAGUCCCGGGAGGCCGCGCCGCGCCCUGGGGGCCGCGCUCCCCUCCUCGGCCUCCCCGGCGUGCGGGGCCGGCGGCUGCCCCGCCGGGGCACCGCAGGGCGCAGCAGCGCGGCCCCGGGGCGCCCCGGUCCGCCGCCCGGAGAGGAGGCCGCGGGAGCGAGGGGCCGCGGCAGCAGCGCCGUCCGGGCGGAGGGAGCGGCGAGGGCCCGGCGGCCGCCCUGGGGCCGGCGCUGGGAAGAGGCCGCGGCGCUGGGAAGAGGCCGCCGCGCUGCCGGCGGGGCUGGGGAGAAAUACCGGGGGCCAGGCCAGGAGAGCCGCGCGGCCGUGGCGUCUGCUGGCAUGGCCGGAUCCGUACGCGUGGUUGAAACCAGCUAAAGACACCAGAUCCUUUGGCAGGAAGAGAAAUGGUGUGCAGUGGUCCCAAGGGAUGUUACCAGGAGGUGACAGAUACACCGAGAGAAGUUGUGUGAGAAGUCACAUCUACCUGCCCUUCCCAUAUCAGCCUGUUUCCGAAUACCAUCCACACUUCUGCUCUCGUGCGCCUGUGUCAAGUCGCGUGGCCUCUGGAGGUGCCCCGCACUGAUGCUGUAGCUCCCAAACAACAGAUAGUGAAUUCUUACCAGAGGUCUCCUCAGGACCUCUCCCUUCACAGACCCAUUGGGUCUCAGUGGGCUAAAACCCAGAGGUCUCCCGGAUUGUUUUCUUUUCUUUUAGCGACAAGCCUUGGAGGAAAUCUUAGUGUGGCCCUGAAAGCUGCCUUUUUUCAAAUAGGAACGGAACAAGGAUGUUGAAACUUUGCCCAAGUGGAUUAUUUUUUUGUAAAUGAGGCAGGAUUUGCCAGCAUGUGUGUUUAGGAUGUAGAUUAUUCUUGAGAACUUUCCAGGUCUCCUGCGGAUUCACACUAGGAAGACAAGCGAUUUCCUUUGAUUGACAGAUGAUUGAACUACUGGUCUGGGGAGUGAGCCUAACUUCCGCUAGAAGGGCUGGAGAUACAGGAGUGCAGAUCUGAUCUGACCGCAAAGGUGCUUCAUGCAGAGAAGGGUGGUAGCAAACCCAAGAAUGUUCUUUUGGAGGCAGUCAUUGAAUGGCUCCUCUUUAGCCUUUGGACCACCUGCUUUGCUGGCCAAACCUACUUCCUUGGCGUCAGUGUUCAGAAAGUUCAGGCUGUACCACUGCAAACAGAAAAGUGUAUUUAGUAUGCCUUGCACACAAGUAUCUCUUUGCACCAGUUCUUUGGCUUUCCUUUGUUAAAGGCAUAGGAAACUCAAAAGCCCUUCGGGACGAAAGGGAAACUUUCUUUGAGGUGAUCCAAGCCUCCUGUCAAGCUAUCUGAAGAUUUCUAGCAGCUUUGUCUCAGGUUGUUUUUGAGGCUGGAGCCAGCAGCAGCACAAGGUCCUGUUCCAUGCUGUGGGAAGGAGCAUUAUCAUGUGCACCACCGCAGAUCCUGCCGUCCUCACUGAAUCCUAAUGUGGCUGCUGCGCACAGUCAUUAAUCCUUUCCUUUUACACAGGGAACUAAGCGAGCCACUGAGGAGGAUGAAACACUUGUGAGGAGCUCCUCUGAGCAGGAUUUCUGUUUCCUUGGGUCCUGCUUAAUUAAGGGUAACCGAGGGUAAAUGAACAAAGGGUAUUUCAUUUGAGCAACUCUUUCUUAAGAAGAAAGAGGAGUAAUUGACCCUCGGUUUUCACGUCUCCCCAUAGACCAGACACAGCAGGACUGAUUUCCAGACACUAACAUCAAUGGGAACCGCGGAUGCCUGGUACUUCUCCAAAUCAGGUCACUGUCACCCUUUCCCCCCCCAAAGGAAAGAAGGGCCCUGUGGCGAAUGUUAAAACCCACCAUUCUGGGUGUGGACAGGUUCUUCGGGCCUCUAGGGGCCAGAUUUUGCUGGAGAGUUACCCACUGAAUGCACGAUGUGAAUGGAUUAUUCAUGUUCAAGCUGGAUUUAAUAUUGAGUUAAGGUUUUCCAUGCUGAGCCUUGAGUUUGACUACAUGUGCCAGUAUGAUUAUGUGGAGGUCCGUGAUGGGGACAACUUGGACAGCAGGAUAAUUAAGAAAUUCUGUGGAAAUGAGAGACCACCUCCCAUCCGAAGCACUGGGUCUUCACUCCAUGUCCUUUUCCAGUCCGAUGGUUCCAAGAACUUUGAUGGAUUUCAUGCUGUCUUUGAAGAAGUUACAGCUUGUUCUUCGUCUCCGUGUCUUCAUGAUGGAACGUGCAUUCUAGACAAAAGUGGAGCCUACAAAUGUGCCUGUUUGGCUGGCUAUACAGGGAAUCGCUGUGAAAACUUGGUGAUGUGUAGGACUCCAGGUGCUCCCGCUCAUGGUAUUGUGGAAGGAGAUGACUUUAAAUACGGGGCCCAGGUUUACUUCAAGUGCAACGCAGGUUACAGCUUAAAAGGCAGCCGUGUUGCCUACUGUCAGCUUGAUGGGAGUUGGUCAACACAUCAUCCUGAAUGUGUUCUAGAUGAAAAAAACUGCUCAGAUCCUGGUGGCCCACUCAAUGGCUACAGAAGAGUGGUAGAAGACACUGGGCUCUUGAAUGGACGCUAUGCAAAAAUUGGCACAGUCAUUGCUUUCUUUUGUAACAACUCAUAUGUUCUUAGUGGGAAUGAACAGAGGACCUGCCAAGACAACGGAGAAUGGUCAGGGAAACAGCCAAUCUGCAUAAAAGCCUGCAGAGAGCCAAAGAUCUCUGACCUGGUGAGACAGAAAGUGCUUCCAAUGCAGGUUCAGUCAAGGGAAACACCUUUGCAUCAGCUUUACUCAUCUGCAUUCAGCAAGCAAAAGCUUGAAAUCUAUCCAACCAAGAAACCAGCACUGCCAUUUGGAGACCUGCCCCUGGGGUACCAGCAUCUGCACACUCAGCUGCAGUAUGAAUGCAUUUCUCCUUUCUACCGCCGCCUGGGUAGCAGCAGGAGGACUUGUCUAAAGACAGGAAAAUGGAGUGGGAGGGCCCCUGUGUGUGUUCCAAUCUGCGGAAAAGCAGAAAACAUCACUCUUCAAAAGACAGUGACCUCUACCAGGUGGCCCUGGCAAGCGGCGAUCUAUCGGACAGCCAACGGGGUGAAGGAGAGCAGCCUCCGGAAAGGGACAUGGAUCCUUAUCUGCAGCGGGGCCUUGGUGAACGAGCGCACUGUGGUGGUGGCAGCUCACUGCGUCACGGACCUGGGCAAGGCCAUCGUACUCAAGACAGCUGAACUCAAGGUGGUUCUGGGGAAAUUCUACAGAGAUGAUGACAGAGAUGAAAAGACCCUCCAGAACCUGCGGAUUUCUGCCAUCAUAGUGCAUCCCAAUUAUGACCCUAUAUUACUUGAUUCUGACAUAGCUAUCAUAAAACUCUUGGACAAAGCCAGAAUCAGCAGUCGUGUUCAACCCGUUUGCUUGGCAUCUUCUCAUGACUUGACUUCAUCCACAGAGGAUUUAAAAAUAAUGGUUACUGGCUGGAAGGUAUUGGCUGAUGUUAAAGAUCCUGGAUACAAGAAUGACACAGUCCGCAUGGGAGUUGUUCGGAUGGUGGACUCACUGUUGUGUGAACAACAGUAUGAAGAUAAUGGGAUACAGGUCAGCAUCACUGACAGCAUGUUCUGUGCCAAGCAGGACCACACAGCCUUUUCUAAUAUCUGCCCUGCUGAGACUGGUGGGAUUGCAGCCAUACCUUUGCCAGGAAAAGCAUCUCCUGAGCUAAGGUGGCAUCUGAUGGGAUUAGUGAGCUGGGGUUAUGAUAAAACUUGCAGCCUCGAACUCUACAGUGGCUACACCAAAGCUCUUCCUUUCAAAGACUGGAUUGAGAAGAACCUGAAAUAAAAAGAUGUGUCUGGAAAUGGCAUUUUAUAACUAUCAUAAUAUCUCUCACAGUCUCUGCUGCGUUAGGCUUCUCAUCCCAGUGAUGAGCCACAUCUGGGAUAAGGUUAAGGAAGACACCCUGGUAAUUUGUCCUAGGAUCAGCUGUUCCAUCAGGCUACUCUUAACCCAUGACAGAGGGUCCCAGUGCAUGGAGUGUUUUGACAUAUUUUGGCUUUCUCCCCUGGUGGGAGGAUGAUGCUCUGCUCCUGAGUCUGACAUACCGAAACAGGACAGCAAGUUCUCUCUAAAAUUAUUCUGUAGUACGGAGUCCCCUAGAGAAAUCGACAGUGAGCCUUUCCCAAAGAUCUCUGUGAUUGAGAGGACUAGGAAGCUGGAAGAGUAGCCUGAAUUCAUUACGAUGGAUGAGCUUGUUAUGGUAUGUGCUGUCUGUAUUGCCAUAGUACAAUGUAAUCUUUUUCCCUCCCAAGUACUUUAAACAUUUAAAUAAACUAAGGUUUGGUUUUUUUAACCUA